AUGGUGGCGGUGGCUGGAGCCAAGCCUCACCCCCCCCGCGACCUCUUCGUGAACGUGGGCUUGGUGGUCGUCUGGGGCGUCACCCAGGAGAUCGUGUUCCCGCGGGACGCCACAGCAGCGACGGUCGUGCCGAGAGGGAGCGGGCAGGGAGAGGCCCGGGGCACGCGCGUUCUGGCCACGGAAGAAAGCAGGCGUACGUUGUCUACUAUACACAAGAUGAUGGUGGAUACUACGAAGCCUACGGCGACUACGAUGACGGAUACUACCACGAUGACGGCUACCACGACGCCGGGUGAUGGUCGACUGCUCGAAGUGCAACCUAUCGGUAGCAUCAAUCUUAGUUUCUUCCAGGAGGAUGAGAAUGGUGAGAAAACGACGAUGUGUGUGAAGCUCACUGACGUGCCUGUAGUAGAGAGCCUGAGCUUCAAUUUGUUUUCAACGUAUGCUGUUUCUCUGAAGCAACAAAUCCUCCACGACGAGCGUGGUGCAACCCUACAACAUGAACAGCUCUUUGCUAGAGAGGAAAAAGCGUCUGCAGCGUAUGCCAUGCGUUUGCCGUACGACCCAUCUGCGACUACAGUAGACUGCUGCUUUGCCCGCAUUUGUGACUGCCCCCGAUUCCGCACCAGCAGUUGGUUCCGCGCGUUCCCCUUCCCAAGAAGGGGGCUCCGCGGAAUCAUUGGUAGAGGCAUCGUGCUCACGGGCAAGCUGGAACCGUGCACGGACUGCAUGAGGGCGAAGGGCAGGCGAGGGUCGGUGCCGCGGGGGCCGGGAGCGCGGGCGUCUAAGCCCCUCGGGCGUGUUCACCUGAACCUGUGUGGACCGCUGGUGCCUUCCCUGGGCGGCAACCUCUACCUGUUCGUCGCCGUGGACAGCGCCUCGCGGUGGAACAAGGUCUACGGUCUCCGGCGGAAGUCCGACGCGCUGGCGGCAAAGAAAAGGCUGUUGGCGGACGUGGGGCGGUACGACCUCGGACGCCUCGAGUGUUUCCUCGUCGACAACGGCACCUAG